AUGUUCGGGAUAAUGUGUCACCUUUACACAACUUCAAUCUCCUUGGUGGAGUCUUUAACGGCGGAAGCUCGGCUUGCAUUGUUCCUUUUUCAGCCUUCUAAUUUAUCACCUGUACCUGCUGCUAUUUCGCUAACAUCUGACAUAGGUUCUCUUCGUUCAACUUUGAUCGCCUUAUUGAUCGCGCAUUUUUUCUCUUACUACGGGUUCGUAUUUGGUGGUCCAGUGAUAGGUAACUGUCAUGAAAUCAGAUCUUGUCCCGAAUACUGUACGUCAACAAUGGCAUUUUAUCCCCGUGCGUACACAACCAGCCCUGGGCUUGUGGGGCUUGUCCCAACUGUUUCAGAACCAAUGGCUCUAGGCUCGCCAACCACAAGCCCACAGGCUCCUGAAGCACAGUAUCUUCCAGGUUUUCUUCUAGGUGACAAUGUUCAACCCCCCAGUCACCCAACCACGAGUAGCGUGUUCACGGGUUCGCGACCUAUGCAACUGUCACCGAACCGUGUCUCGCCCAACACCGUUAGUUCGUCGAAGCCUACACAGCAGUCUUCGAACGGUUUCCUUCACCAAGCGGAUCGACUUUGCAAGCGUCACAACACGCCACCAACACAAAGUCUGUGGUCUAGUGGUCAGAAGCCGACCGCGCGCAUUGGUCAGCAAGUACCUGGUGUCCCCGAUACAUACACUGUUUCUGGUAUACGACACAGCACACCUAGUAGUGCGACUCCCAACAGUCGUUUGCUACUUCCUCCGAGUUCUCCUUCUACUGGCGCCAUGUGGAACCAGUCUGCCCGUCCGCUAACUGGCAUCCGCUCUCCCAUGGGGGCCAAUAAUCAGAACAGUUUUCUCACAUCUGACCAAUUGGCAGACGUGCUUCAAUCGCCAAGAAAUCUGGAUCCGGACCGUAUGUCGGAAGAUUGUUGGGUGACUGUAUUUGGCUUCCCAGCUGCACGGGCAUCUUUUAUACUAAGUCAGUUUGGACAAUUCGGUACGAUCGAAAAACACAUAGUAACCAAUGACGGAAACUGGAUGCACAUUAAGUAUCAGAAUAAACUUCAAGCUCGAUGUGCGUUAAAUCGAAAUGGCCGUGUUUUUGGUGAUAAUAUCAUGGUAGGAGUGAUACCGUGUACAGAUCAGGAUGUUAUGUCGGAACGAUUCAAGGGAGGAGCUCAAGCUGGAGAUUUCGAUAAUGACAGGGAAAAUUCUUUUGCGACGGGAUGGAAUUCUCCGGCCACCCCUUCUCGACCUGGCAGACAAGUAGGCUAUUUGGGUGCUACGUCAGGGCCUCUCAGGGAACGCGUCGAGAUUGGGCAAAGCGGUGCUGGAUUGCGAGACAAGAGUUGGUGCAACCAAAGUUUUACUUCUCCACUGGUAGUCAGUAAACCAGCUGGGAGCUGCGGUGUGGCUCGACACAGCUCAAUGCGUGCAUUGGCCGGUGAUGGUCGAAUGAUUAAUCAUUUAAACAGAACGACCAGUCUUUUGCGGGGUAUCUUGCGCGAAAUCAAACAUUCGUACAAUGGUCAAAUGGUAAGAUCGGCCACGUUUUUAUUUCCGAUCAUAAUCAUGCAGGUCUUCACAAAGACACCGGUCGUUCGGUUCAUUUUUGACGAAUUCCGUCAUAAUCAGAUGACUGACGCGCAAAACUGUGCCCGGGAACACGAGGCGAGGCUUCUGGCGGAGACUUACCUUGAUUAUUUAAAGAAUGUGAAAGAGCACCUGAGAUUAAUAGAAAAAUACAAAUCAAGGGAAAAAACCACCGAAGAGGCUGCUGGGUUGGUGGGGCUUGAGCUCCCCGGAAAAGGCGGAGCGGAGGAUCCCAAGGCCUGAUCACUGUAACUCUUUGUCAAUACAUUUUGCUAUUGUAUUGAGCUGUAUGUUGUUUGUGCCUUCGUAGAUAGUGCCUAUACAAUAAACGAAGGAAGGAGUGACAUUAUGAAUUGACGUUUUAUCUGUCAUGUGUUAG